AUGACAGUAGCCCCCGCGAUAAAAGGCUGGGAGACAAAGGAAACCACCCCGUUAGGUGGUGUGGAAGCGCCCAUCGGGAACACAACGACCGAAAAACUUGCCCAAAGAAAUGAACAAUUGCUGUAUUCGAAGGUGCUCGGUCAAGGAAAGAAGCGACUCCCGAGGCCUAAGAUUCAACAAAGGGAGCGAGAACAGAAAACGAACGUCUUAGAACAGCGUCGAAAUAAUGACGGGACCUACCGAAAGACCCAACCGGACGAAAUUUAUAUACUGGAGAGCACGUCCCGGGCCCAGCUAGUAGCGGAUACGCUCCGAGGCAACACGUUAGCUGGUGUUGAAGCACCCAUCCUGGAGGAAGCACUUCUGGACUCGAUACGGGACCUACAAAACUACUUAGACCGCUUUAUGACCGCAUUUGUUGACGACUUGAUCAUCUACAGUGAUAACGAGAUCGAACACCAAGAACACGUGAAGCAGGUCCUAUCGGUAACACCACGGCCGAAAAGCUCGCCCGAGGAAACGAACAAUUACUCUACUCCACGGAAGCGUAUUUAUCUCUACAGAGAAGCUACGCGAAGCUGGGCAGAGAGCUGUCUAGGGCGAAAGACAAAAUCAAAGCGCAGGAAGACCGACUCCAACAGCAUGAAAGAACGGAGACCCUUUUACAGGUCCAAGUCCUCGAUGCGCAAAGGGCCCGAAUACAAGGAACUAGUUCGACAGGCCACUAACAAUGAAUUACGCAAAUUCAAGUUCCAGAUGCCGGAUAAGACUGUUGCCGAUGUCGUUGAAAAGGAGGUUCCAGUGGAAUUCCGCCCAAAGGUCAAGGUUGACCCGGCUUCAACACAACGUUCCUCCCCGUCUGAUCCUCAAUCCUCGCUGGACGACGAUGUCGACCCAUAUCAGUUUUUAAAACUGUGGAAUCGCACGCGGGCCAGGAACUAG